AUGUCGUCUCCAUCGGAAUCUUCGAGCACGGUCGGGACCUUUUUCGACCCAACUACGAAUCAUUGCGUUCAGCAUUUGAACCGCAACGUGCCGAGAAAUGUUACGGCACCGUAUUUACAGCCUUAUGCGAUGCCGCCUACACAGAAUACGGUCCCGGUCCACAUGCCGGGGCCUGCUCAACCACCGCCAGCUUACCACGCUUCUAAUGGCUUUAGCAUAAAUGGUAGUAUUCAGUACUUGCAGGAAAAUUUUAAUGGUCAUCACCCGACAUUUAGUGGAAACCACAGAGAUUUCAACGGCCACAUAAUAACAAAUGGUAUUACCAGACCUAACGGAUUGAAUGGCACUAGAAAUGUGACCGCAGCUGCUCAGCUUCACUACUUGACACCGUCAUCAAGUGCGGUAACACCGGGAAAACGCGUAAACGGAGUCAAGAAACCAAAAAGAAGUCGUACUGCAUUUACCACGCAGCAACUUCUGCAGCUGGAGGAGCAAUUUUCACAAAACCGGUAUUUAGAUCGGACGCGGCGCAUAGAACUGGCAGCGGUUCUGAAUAUAAACGAGAGAACCAUAAAAAUAUGGUUUCAGAACCGUAGAAUGAAAGAAAAGAAGGACAGCUUAGAAGAAAGCAUUGAGGAAUCCGAAAGAGUGAAAACUGAAUCGUCACCGGAUAUGUUAAUACAAGGUGUUCCUAACAUGCCCCCACUAGUCAUUAAUAAUAGUGGAUAUGGCUCAAGCAUUCAUGAGCCAUAUCCACCAGCGCAUGAUAUGUACUACCAUAUAACUCCUAACUAUGAGCUAUCAAUUCCAGCUCCAAAUCCAAUUGACGAGUAUAUGGAGUAUAUAGAGGAACAAGGAUUUGGUGCUCGAAAUAUUAGUGAAAAUGUUUUAGCACAGCAAGUACCCACUAAUUGUAACAACCACCAAGAGCCAGUAUAUAUCGAGCCAUCGCCCCCCGAAUCCAAUGACUCUUCCAACAUGCCUGCCGCGUCCACUUCAGCUCCAGAGGCACCAGAAAACUGGGAUGAAAACCAAUUGUCUUUAAUAAUUGGUAUCACAUAUGUGACCCUACUUGCUCACCCAUGCUACGUAACACGAUUACCAAAAUGGGGAACACCGAACAGAAGUAUAAACGGAGUUAAAGAACAGAAAUUAAACCACACAGCAUUUACCACUCAGCAAAUGCUGCUACUGGAGGAAGACUAUUCACGGAACCGUUAUUUAGACAGAAUACGGCGCUUUGAAUUGGCCGAGAUUUUUAAUCUAAAUGAGAGAAGUAUAGAAAAAUGGUUCCAGAACCGCAGAAUUAGUGAAAAGAAAAACAGAUCUGAAGACAGCUUUGGGGAAUCCGAAGAAGCAAGGACGUCGUAG